AAUAGCCGAUACGAAGCAUCAGCAGUCGCAAAUUCGGGCGACGUUGGAUCAUCUUCGACUGUGCCUCUCUUGUAAGUUCCUAGAAUAUUCGGCUCCGCGAAGGGCCCCCGUGGGUUGACAGUUUGCUUUUACAGUCAGGAUGUCGAGUCAGGAUGUUAGACUUGCACGAGCAGCAACCACGCGCUUGACAGUUGCGACGCAUGCCAUCCUAGCCAUUCUUUAUACCUUCGACUACGGCUGGCUGUUCUCCGAUUCGCUCCAUUCCCCGACGAAGGUUGGCCACUCCCACUUGAAGCAGCAUCCGCGUCUGUCGAAUGAAAUCGAGUUUCCUACAUUGACUCUGCCAGAGAGUUCGGAAACAGAGGAAGUGAUACCUCGCGAUGUGAUGGUACUCCUUGGCUGGAUGCAUAAAAGUUUGGCUGCCAUCGAUGAGCCUGUCUUGAAGCACGGCAACGAAAAUCUUGCCGAGUACAUUCAUGUGGUUGCAUGGCACUAUUCAACGGAUAGUUUCAGAGAAGACCUCCGGAACGUUCUCCCACGUGCGGUUGAGACAUUCCAGCGAUCUGGCUCGGUCAGUGACCGGAAAGCAUCGCACACACGUCCGCAAUUGACCCUGGCGGACAUUGAUGCCUUUAUAUUGAUGCUCCUCAUUCAACGGCAAGCGUGGUGCAGGCAGAGGAAGCAUGCCGGUUCCAGCGGAGUGGAAUAUCUUUCUGCGAUUGGGGCCUGGAAGCCGACGGAAUUGCAGCAGAGGUUCUGGUUGACUGCGCUGGGUAAACUGGGAGAUCCCGACGACCAAUGCCCGGCUGACAACAUACUUGACGAGGAAUCUUUCGCACAAGCUAUCCGGGAUAUUCGCGGAGUCUCUGCAUCCGGCCAGCUAUUGACGGCAUCUGAUGGUACUGGUGUGCACCGCCGGGCUGUCUAUGGUUCGAUUGGUCUGCUGUAUACGCGACUGUCCAAUCGACAACCUGUGCGCUUCAAAGAGGCUCAUCACUUCUUGUCAGUGUGGGAGAGUCUCGUGGAUGACGCUGAAGAUGGGGCCGAUCUGGGGGAGACUGUGGUAUUCGACCCGGAAGUUCAGAUGGCUUCCAUUGACGAAGCAGACAUCAAGAACGCCAUCCAAGAGCUGACCGCCCGCAACGAAGGACUGGCAAAGAAGCAAUCCAGCCUCAACCUAUCGCUGAACAGUGUGUCUCCAAGACCAGUGAAGGUGGACUCCCCUCUUCCUAGCGAGGACCCCACGCCGUCGCCCGAAAACGAAGCCUCGCAGCAGGAUGUGCCCGGCUCCGAUAAUGCGUACGCAGCUGUUUUCUCUCCGGUAAACUCCCUUCCGAGGACUCCCAAUGGGCGUUAUGUGAAUCGGGAUAGUCAGGGCAGGCUUGAUGUUGAUCGAUUUGCGGCACCUGAUGGCAGCGAGAGCUCGCAUCGCCCUCAGGCAUCGGUCAAGGAAGAGUUAGGAAAGGAUGUCGGACGAGUUAGUCAAUUAACACCCAGCCGAAAGCCUCAAGCGGUUCAGACCCCUGCGAGUGCGCGAACGCGGCGACACUUUCAGGAACUAGAGGCAAUGAGGAAGCCUCCCACGGAAGCACUGCAAGAUUCCGUCUCGAACGGAAGCUCCUCACCCGCUUCAGUCUACGGCACCCCGAUGCGCGAUACCCCUAUCCGAGCGUCGACCGCACAGUUCACCGGCCGGUACCAACCAGAAACUCCAAUUUCACAUUACUACACACCGAGUGCGGGCGAGGGCUCGUCGAUACCUGUAAUCAGGCGACCCCCUUUCUCCAGUCCUGCACCGUCUUUGAUCCGACUGUCUGUUGCGCAAGUUGAGCCGGCACAGGAAUCCGUCACAAUGGGGGAAUCUUUCAUUCAAGCUCCUGCACCUCCGUCUUCACCGUUUUGGAGUAAAUCUCCGGCCGGUAAAUCGCCGGCUGCACCGAAAACUGUUGCAUUCGACCGUGAAACGGAACCAAGGGAGACUGGUCAGGCUCACGAUGAGAAGAAUGAUGAUGAUGAAGACUUGGCGGAAAAGGAGGAGAAGACGGUCGGCCUGGAAAAGGCGGACCGGAAGAUGCUGCCGCGGUUCCAACUAUCCGGCAUAUCGCACACCCCGAAGCGCAAUCCGAGAGAACUGAUAGGCAACCGAGGCGACAUGUCUGAGCUUCGACGUCGAGCGCAUGUGAAAAAUGCUCAAUUACGCUUUGAAGGUGGUCAGCCGGAUAGCAACUCUUCGAUGGUAGGUCCUCCAAUGUUAUAGUCCUUGGGUAACUCUAAAUUGAACUGUUUAUUUGUUGUAGAUGGGUUCACGGUUGAACCGUCAACUUUCAAAAUUAGGUGAAAUGAAACUCUCAGAAUAGUCCUCUGGUCAUUACUAGUUACAUCUGUUCAUCAGGACUCGAAACUUUGCGAGAUGAUACUUCAGCGUCGAUUCAUGGACGUAAUCCACGUAGCAACUACGCCAGUACUUUGUAUAGUUGGGGGAGCUAGUUAAUCUUAACGAUAGAAAUCAGGUUUAUCGAUAUCAUAUCGA